CGAGAAAGCUUUUUCGCAACGGGUUUGCCGCCAGAACAGAGGUGUCGUGAAAACUACCCCUAAAAGCCAAAAUGGGAAAGGAAAAGACUCAUAUCAACAUUGUCGUCAUUGGACACGUAGAUUCGGGCAAGUCCACCACUACUGGCCAUCUGAUCUACAAAUGCGGUGGCAUCGACAAAAGAACCAUUGAAAAAUUUGAGAAGGAGGCUGCUGAGAUGGGAAAGGGCUCCUUCAAGUAUGCCUGGGUCUUGGAUAAACUGAAAGCUGAGCGGGAACGUGGUAUCACCAUUGAUAUCUCCUUGUGGAAAUUUGAGACCAGCAAGUAUUAUGUGACUAUCAUUGAUGCCCCAGGACACAGAGACUUCAUCAAAAACAUGAUUACAGGGACAUCUCAGGCUGACUGUGCUGUCCUAAUUGUUGCUGCUGGUGUUGGUGAAUUUGAAGCUGGUAUCUCCAAGAAUGGGCAGACCCGAGAGCAUGCUCUUCUGGCUUACACACUGGGUGUGAAACAACUAAUUGUUGGUGUUAACAAAAUGGAUUCCACUGAGCCACCCUACAGCCAGAAGAGAUACGAGGAAAUUGUUAAGGAAGUCAGCACUUACAUUAAGAAAAUUGGCUACAACCCCGACACAGUAGCAUUUGUGCCAAUUUCUGGUUGGAAUGGUGACAACAUGCUGGAGCCAAGUGCUAACAUGCCUUGGUUCAAGGGAUGGAAGGUCACCCGUAAGGAUGGCAAUGCCAGUGGAACCACGCUGCUUGAGGCUCUGGACUGCAUCCUACCACCAACUCGUCCAACUGACAAGCCCUUGCGCCUGCCUCUCCAGGAUGUCUACAAAAUUGGUGGUAUUGGUACUGUUCCUGUUGGCCGAGUGGAGACUGGUGUUCUCAAACCCGGUAUGGUGGUCACCUUUGCUCCAGUCAACGUAACGACUGAAGUAAAAUCUGUCGAAAUGCACCAUGAAGCUUUGAGUGAAGCUCUUCCUGGGGACAACGUGGGCUUUAAUGUCAAGAAUGUGUCUGUCAAGGAUGUUCGUCGUGGCAACGUUGCUGGUGACAGCAAAAACGACCCACCAAUGGAAGCAGCUGGCUUCACUGCUCAGGUGAUUAUCCUGAACCAUCCAGGCCAAAUAAGUGCUGGCUAUGCCCCUGUGUUGGAUUGCCACACGGCUCACAUUGCAUGCAAGUUUGCUGAGCUGAAGGAAAAGAUUGAUCGCCGUUCUGGUAAAAAACUGGAAGAUGGCCCUAAAUUCUUGAAGUCUGGUGAUGCUGCCAUUGUUGAUAUGGUUCCUGGCAAGCCUAUGUGUGUUGAGAGCUUCUCAGACUAUCCACCUUUGGGUCGCUUUGCUGUUCGUGAUAUGAGGCAGACAGUUGCGGUGGGUGUCAUCAAAGCAGUGGACAAGAAGGCUGCUGGAGCUGGCAAGGUCACCAAGUCUGCCCAGAAAGCUCAGAAGGCUAAAUGAAUAUUAUCCCUAAUACCUGCCACCCCACUCUUAAUCAGUGGUGGAAGAACGGUCUCAGAACUGUUUGUUUCAAUUGGCCAUUUAAGUUUAGUAGUAAAAGACUGGUUAAUGAUAACAAUGCAUCGUAAAACCUUCAGAAGGAAAGGAGAAUGUUUUGUGGACCACUUUGGUUUUCUUUUUUGCGUGUGGCAGUUUUAAGUUAUUAGUUUUUAAAAUCAGUACUUUUUAAUGGAAACAACUUGACCAAAAAUUUGUCACAGAAUUUUGAGACCCAUUAAAAAAGUUUAAUGAGAAAAAAAAAA